UCUCUACAGGGCUCUACAUCAAAACCAAUCCCUAAACCAUUCCGCUUCCUUCCCAAUCCUCAAUCCUCAACAGCCGCAAGAUGUCGCUCCAGCUACUCCAGCCGGCUCCGCCACCACCGCCGCAGACUGUCACGGUGUUCCCCGACACCUUCACAAGGCCACAGCCGUCGUCGUCGUCCCAACAACACUCUCACUCAAGCGGGUCCUUUGGGACAGUGUUCAUGGUCCUUGCCAUUGUCCUUGCUGUGUCUGCUAUCGCCUGCUGCUUCGGCCGGUUCUGCAACCGGCGGUCCCGCACUGAUGACCCGUCAGCAAAACAAACCCGCCGGCCUCAUCCGAGAGAGAACGACAUUGAGUUUGGCUUCGACGGAAGGACUCGAACUGGAGCUAACCCGAUAGUCGGCAACAAUGGAAGGAUCGACGGAAGGACUCGAACCGUAGCUAACCCGACAGCCGGCAACAACAAGGGUGGAUCCCAAGCGAUCCAUGAUAAUGAUAAGGGAGGUUUAGGUGGAGGCUUUCAUUUCCAGAAGAGGGCUGUAAUCGAUGAGCCAGAGCCUGGUGCAUGAUGAGGUGCAUGCAGCAGUCUUCGUAAAAUCCUCUACACCAUGAAGAUGUAUGUCGAUUAUCGUUGCAUUUUAUCUCGGACACUCGUAUCUAUUUCCUUGUUUACCAAGCAUAAAAGAGAAUAAAUCUCUACUCUUAACAUUUUCCAUUAA